AUAUGUAAUUUUUUCUAACUCUAGUGACUUUCUGGACACCCUAUAUAAUGAAUGUUAUUGAAUACUUUGAAACAUGUUGAGAAAAUUCAUUCUUAUAUAAUAUUUUUAUGAUUUUGUCGAAUUGUUCAUUAGUUUCGAUAUAUAUAUAUCUGAACUUAACGAAUAUAAAGUAAUCAUUUAUUACUUGAUAAUAGAUAUAUUUCAUAGAAUUCAAGAACUAUAUGGAAAAUGAAUAAUAUCUAUGGAUUAAUGGUUGAUAUUAAUUUCUCCGCGGAAUUCAUAAAGAGAAAUUUACAACAUAUUUAUUUUCUAUGUUGCAGGAUUUACUAGCUAAUUUAAAAUGUUUCUCAUUAAUAUGUUAUAAUAGUACGCGAGGAUAUGACAAUUUAAUUCUACCACUUCUUCGUCGAAUGUCAUAUGUUGAAGAAUUAAGUUUAUAUAUUCAUAUAUUGGGUGGAUCAACAUUCAUCUCUGGUAUUCAUCAUAAUAAUAAAAUUCUUAGUCAUAUGCCACGACUUCAUACAUUCUCAUUUUAUUUCGCUUCUGAAAAUGCUGUUGCUGAUUCAGCUAUUCAUUAUGAUAGUUGCAGGAAAUUGAUUUGUCGUGUCUUUUCACUUCCAUUUAGAUUUGAUCGUCUGACAAAUAUCACAAAUAAUAUUCCAAAUAUUGUAUUCAAUUCUGUUCCUCAUUUGAAAUUACGCGAUAAAUAUCCAUUCAAACACGAAUUUUUCAUUCGACUUGCUCGUGGUUUCCCAUUUCUUAAAAGUUUAUAUAUUAACACUAUUCUAGCACCAAACUGGAAAGCCGACGAAUAUCAUCUUAAACAUAUUGAUUGGUGCUCAAUUGUUGAAUAUCCUCACCUUAUUUCACUUGACAUCGAUUCUGCAAAUAUUUAUUAUGCUGAACAUUUUCUCAAUGAAACAAAAACACAUCUACCUUGUUUAACUGAAUUAAAAGUUCGCUAUGAAGAUUUGGAAAUGGUGACAAAAAAUUUUACAAGAAAUGAAACACGACGUAAUUAUACUAAAGUUGAUCCAAGUAAACAACAAGAUGAACAUUGGCUAUUUGGUGAAAUUGGUAAUUAUAAACAAGUAUUUUUUCCAGCAGUCUAUGCAGAACGUAUAACGUAA